AGUUCGAGCCGCAACUUCGAGUGUUUCCGUACCUUGCUUCGUGCUUCUGACCAUUCUCGCAUUUGUUUUUCUUUAAUAACAGUCUUCUUAUUACACGUAAAAACAUUAUUCUUGUCGAUCCACAUAAAGUCACUAUUUUGUUCUUCUAUCUUCUAUUUAUCUUAUCGUUAGACUUCGUCUCUUUGUCUGAAAAUCACUUUUGGUUGGCCGAUAACCAUUUCAUUCGUAAACACGAAAAUACGAUUACUGAGCAACAUGUAUUCCAGCGCCACCUCGUUCAUUUCUUGCGUACUUCUCACCGGUCCACCCGGAAUAGGAAAGACCACGGUUUGUAUGAAUAUUGCUUCCAUAUUGGAAAAACAAAAUCGUACGUUAGAUGGAUUUUAUACGGAAGAAGUUCGUGGGGUAAAUGGAAGUAGAAUAGGAUUUGAUAUUGUAAUUAUUAAAGAUAAAGAGAAGAGGAUACCUUUAGCACGCACCGAAUUAAGUCAACAAGAAUUUUCUAAACAUCGCAUUGGAAAUUAUCAUGUGUUUGUUGACAAUUUUGAAAAAUUUGUUCUGCCUGUUAUAAAAACUGAUACGGAUAUAUUAUUGAUUGACGAGAUUGGAAAAAUGGAAAUGUGCAGUAAAAAGUUUCACGACGAAAUAUACAAUAUAUUUUUUAAUUCGCCGAAUAAGAAGACUUUUAUCAUUGCUACCAUACCGCAAAAGCAUAAAAUACCACGUUUUCCAGUGAUAUUUCAAAAGCUACACGAAGAUAAAAGAUUUAAGAUUAUAAACGUUAAUCUUGCCAAUCGAAAUAAUCUGCCAAAUGAAAUAGUUUCUAUGCUGUCGUAAGUAUUUUGCUAAUAUUUUUCGUAUUUAAACGUUUGUUCAAAAGAUAACACAUAUUUUAUGUAC